AUUAGAAUUUGGAAUACCCAUCAGAAUUAUCCAUCUAAAAUCAAAAUCAUUCCUUCUCAGCAAUAUGGAAGAGCCCUCCAGUAAUUUGCGUCCAGUGUUAAUUGAUUCCAAGCGUGCGCCUGGCGACUGGCUAUUUAAUGCAUACCCACAAAGCGAAGGACAGAUUAAGUUGAAGGUUUUAUCUCCUUUUGGACCAAAACUCUGAGAAUGUCUGGCAUAAUAUAUAAAGGCUUUCUGGGCUUUCUGCUAAUCGCCUGUGGUCUUGCUCAUGAGUCAUUUGCUAGUAUAGAUUCAUCCCAGUUCAACCACAGCAGUGGGUUAUCUGAAUUAGAACCAGAUACCCCUCUUGUAUUAAGUUACCAUGGGGGACCCCUUCUCACGGGUCCUGAAUACAUCAAUGUCUAUAUUCUCUGGUAUGGUAAAUUCACCCUUGCCCAAAAGACUCCCAUCCUUGAUUUCUUCUCUUCUUUCAAUUACAGCCAAAAUAGCCAGCCUUCUUUGAAGAGCUGGUGGGCAAUCUUGCGAAGCUACAAGGAUUCCUCUAAUACAAGUAUAUCCCCUAAUGUCAGGCUUGCCAAGCAGGCCUCAGAUGUGUCGUGCUCAAUAGGAAAGUCAUUGAAUAGGAGCUCAAUGGGUUCUCUCAUAAGAAGUGCCUUGGUCAAGAAACAAUUUCCUAUAAACCCAAAAGGAAUUUAUCUGGUCUUGACAGCAGAGGACGUUUUUGUAGAGAGAUUCUGCAUGAGUUCUUGUGGGUUUCAUGAUUCUAUGAAGGUGUCUAAUAGAAAAAAAGUGGUGAUAUCUUGGGUGGGCAACUCUGGUGUUCAGUGUCCUGGCUAUUGUUCGUGGCCAUUUGCAUAUCCUGGAUAUGGACCUCCUAUUCCACCUCUAAUUCCACCCAAUGGAGACGUGGGGAUUGAUGGCAUGGUCAUUGUGAUUGCAACAAUCUUGGCUGGAACAGCGUCUGAUCCUUUCGGUGAUGGGUAUUAUGCAGGCCUUGCCUCUGCUCCACAGGAGGCUGCUACUGCCUGCAGUGGAGUAUUUGGGCCUGGCGCUUAUCCUUCCUAUCCUGGUAAGCUUCUCAUGGAUAACAAGACCAACGCAAGUUAUAAUGUUUAUGGCAUCACUGGGAGGACUUUCCUUCUGCCUGCUCUGUGGAGUCCACUCACUGCAUCUUGCAAGACCACUCUUGGAUGAAUCUUAGUCAUACGUUAGCUAAUUUGUAUUUGUUUUUUUAAUAAUUAGAGGAUGACGAAUAGUCCAGCCAUUUGGAGCUUUAA